AUGAAGAUGGGCAUUGCACGAAAGUCGGGACUGUUGAGCGAGAAGGAACUGGAGAUUACCGAGAGGUAUACCGUUGAAGAGCUGUUGAAGCAGCUGAAAGAUGGUACUCUAUCGUCACUGGAGGUUACCAUAGCGUUCUCGAAGAGAGCAGCCAUGGCACAGCAGUUGCUGUCUUGUCUCACAGAGACAUACUUUGCUGAAGCACAAGAGCGAGCACGCUUCCUCGACAGCGAAAGAGCUAGCGGUCGUAUCGUAGGCCCUCUCCACGGUCUACCCAUCAGUCUCAAGGAUGCUUUCCAAGUCGCUGGCUCAGCAGCCACUAUCGGAUUCGUUUCAUUCCUGGAUCAUGCUGCGUCGAAGGAGAACUCGCCGCUCGUGGAUAUCCUGCUCGAGCUAGGCGCAGUCGUAUAUGUCAAGACCAACAUCCCUCAGACCAUGAUGACGGCCGACUCACAGAACAACAUUUUCGGGCGUACUUUGAACCCCCACAACACUGCUCUCACUGCGGGAGGGUCGAGCGGAGGCGAAGGCGCACUUGUUGGAUUCCGAGGAUCUCCACUCGGUGUUGGAACAGACAUUGCAGGAUCAAUCCGCAUACCCGCUCUCUGCUGUGGCACCUACGGCUUCAAGCCCUCUACAGCGCGCAUUCCAGAUGGCGGACAAAUAUCGCCCGUCUCCGCUGGCAACAACUUCUUCAACCCAUCAGCUGGUCCCCUCGCAAACGACAUACACGCUCUGGGCAUCCUAUGCCGGUCACUCCUAUCAGUGAGACCGGCCUUGUACGACGCCUCUGCUCUCGACGUUCCCUGGAGAGACCUAGAAGUACCGCCGAGCGCUCCGAAGCUAAGACUGGGUCUUUUGGCCGAGGACUCAGCCUUCCCCUUGCAUCCGCCGGUUAAAAGAGCGCUAGCACAAGCUGUCAGCGCGCUCGAAGCAAAGGGCCACGAGGUGGUUCCUAUCGCGCCGGCGCGCGCUCAGGUCGCCAAUGCGCUAGCCCUCGCGUUUGCCUUCUUUAUGCUCGACGACACUCCCCCAACGCAUGUAGCCGCUAGUGGUGAGCCUGUUGUUCCUUCGGUUAUUCAGUCCAUGGAAGUUUUCCAUUCUUUCAAUUGUGACUUCCUAGACGACUGCAAGGGCCUGGAGGGCAUCAAGAAAUUAGCUGCGCUCAAUGUCAAGCGUGAUGUUAUCCAAGAUGAGUGGAGGAAGAUUUGGAAGGAGCAGAGAUUGGACGGAGUAAUCGGUCCGGCUGCACAGCACACUGCGGUCGCGCACGAUACAUACGGGUUACCGCCGUAUACGCUACUGUUGAACGUAUUGGAUUAUCCCGCAUGCGUACUUCCCUUUGGUAAAGCCUCAAGCGCUCUGGAUGCUGAGCCCUUUGUCAUGGGCCCUGGCCAAGUAGGCCCGAGUUAUGAUCUUAAGCUCGUGGAUGGUGCACCGACUGCCAUCCAGGUCUUCACGAACAAGAUGCGCGAUGAAGAAUGCCUGCAGGUGUCUGCUAUUGUCGAUGAGUGCUUGAAAGCUGUGUAG